UUUAAAAAAAUCUUUAUAAAGUAUUUCAGAUAGUCAUACGUUUCUAGUAAAUAACACUGAUCCGUUGAGAUUGCGUGAGCUACCAAGGAGGUUUAGACAUCAGCUGUAAAUCAACAUUGAUUUAUGUUUGAAAAGAUGGUAACUCAUGAUUUUUAAGAGUUUGUGUUAUGACGCAUGGAAUGGGGUUGGCAUUACUGACAUUUCUUCUUUUGUUAAGCAGGUCAUUUGCAACUGCCAGCUUUUGAAUUAGUAUCACAGGCAAGAAAAUAAACCCUAGAUUCCCAGAAAUUGAUUGUAAAAGCCCAUGGCCUUAUCAAUAUUUCAGUUAGAUAAGUUGACUGGAGAAGUUGGGUCUAUUUUCUUUGGAGAUGUAGAUUGAGUGGAGAUCGAUAGAGGAGUUUGGACACGAGAGAUGGAGAAAUUGUUCCAUUGGUGGAAGGAUUCAAAAUGAGAACCACAGAUUGAAGAUAACCGGGAAAAGAAAAAAAAGGAGACAUGGGAAGAAAGCUUUUUCACCAAGCGAAUGGUUAAGACUUGAAAUGUAAAGCUCAAUAUGUGGUAGAAGUGGAUCCAACCGAGGCAUUGGAUUAAUAUAUAUAUAAAACUGAAAAGGAAGUACAUGCAGGGUUACUGAGAAAAGGUGGGAGAUUGACACCAGGUGAAUUGCCUGCAGAAAUGAGAGGCCAAAUGGGCUUCCUUCUGCGCUUUGACAGCUCAGUGACUCGAAAAUCCACAGUAGGUGGAUCAGCGCGUUUCUGCUGGAAUCAACCCUCAAACAUCAACCUUCUCAACUGCAAAGUGCGAAUGUUGGAAAUCUGUCAUUAAAAUAUUGAUUGCCAGGAAUACCCAAUCGGUCAUGCAACAUCUGCGAGGGGGUGGGAAAUAGAGUCCAGCAGGAGCUUUUCACCUUUUUCGUUCAGAUGAUGACUGACCGACCACAUUCUCGGCUUUAUUUCUGUUGUGAGCCAACGCCAUCGCUGGAGAGAGUGCUCUUAAACGGUUUGUUUAUUCACACCUGAAAAAAUUAGCCCAACCGAAUCCCGAUCACGCUCCGCCUCUUGCCUGCAGCACCAUUUUCAACGGACUGGCCACUCUCAUCUCUGCACUGCGCGUCAAUCAACGGAGCAACCGUUGCAGAAUCCUGCGGGCGCUAUUGGACAGCUGCCGGAGGUGUGGGCGGAUAUCCUUGCUCUGAUUCAUCUAUUGGAGCUGUCAAUCAGACAAGGUCCGCGCGCCGCACUCACGUCCAUGCCCCGUCAAUGCCGUGCGCGCGCGCCGUUGGAUCGAGGGCUCGUGACGUUGUGCGCGCGUUGACUCGGUUGGUUCGUUGGAGGUGAGUGGCCAUGUUUGUGCCGGAAUUGGUGAGAGAACGAAGCGGAGGAGGUAGCCUCAGGAUUAGUGCUUAGCCGGGCUGUGCGUGAGUUCCUGGCGGAGUGAAAGCGUGCUGUUCCCCCUAACAUCUGCCGGCGUUACCUUCUGACGAAGAGGAGCAAGAGACGGCAACUGUAUCUGGAUCUGAAGUGUUGCCAUGGUCGUGUGAGCAGGGCCCUGCUCUGGGAGAGCACGAGAGCGAGGACAGGCCGCCUCCUAGCAACCGGGACUACGAGGCGGGGGGAGGGGAGAGCGUGCGCGCCGUCGCCGUCUGCAAGCGCCCACUCACUCCCCUUACCCCCCAGAGCGUAAACGCCUGGGCCAGUCCGGCCUUUGCCACCUACAUUGACCAUGGCCUGGGUACUGAAGAUGGAUGAAGCCAUUGAGUCCGGGCUCGUGCACGAUUUCGACUCCAGUUUAUCUGGAAUCGGCCAAGAGCUCGGAUCUGGUGCUUAUAGCAUGAGUGAUGUCUUGGCACUACCCAUCUUCAAGCAAGAAGAUUCAAACCUCCCUCCAGAGAAUGAAACAAAGCAUCCACCAUUCCAGUAUGUGCUGUAUGCAGCCACAUCUCCUGCUGUUAAACUACAUGAUGAAACUCUCACCUACUUGAACCAAGGUCAGUCUUAUGAAGUCCGAAUGCUAGAUAACCGAAAAUUAGGAGAUUUACCAGAAAUAAGUGGAAAAAUGGUUAAGAGUAUAGUGCGAGUUGUAUUCCAUGAUCGUAGACUACAAUACACUGAGCAUCAGCAACUGGAAGGUUGGAAAUGGAACCGGCCAGGAGAUAGACUCCUUGAUUUAGAUAUUCCAAUGUCUGUUGGAAUCAUUGACCCUAGGACUAAUCCAGCACAACUGAAUACAAUCGAAUUUCUAUGGGACCCAGCAAAACGCACCUCUGCUUUUAUUCAGGUACAUUGCAUUAGCACAGAAUUUACUCCCAGAAAGCAUGGGGGUGAGAAGGGGGUUCCCUUCAGGAUUCAGAUAGACACGUUCAAGCAAAAUGAAACGGGAGAAUAUACAGAUCACCUUCAUUCAGCCAGCUGCCAAAUUAAAGUUUUCAAGCCCAAAGGUGCGGACAGGAAACAAAAAACUGAUAGAGAAAAAAUGGAGAAGCGAACGGCUCAAGAGAAAGAAAAAUAUCAACCUUCAUAUGAAACAACAAUCUUAACUGAGAUGAGACUUGAGCCUAUUAUUGAAGAUGCACUUGAACAUGAGCAGAAAAAGUCCACCAAGCGGACUUUGCCAGCAGACUGCGGUGAUUCUCUGGCAAAGCGAGGCAGUUGCUCUCCUUGGCCAGAUAAUGCCUAUGUAAACAACAGUCCUUCUACCACUCCAGCAUUUACUUCUGGACAAGUCAGUACUUACAGCGUUCCUGACAGUAACUCUUCUUCACCAAAUCAUCAAGGAGAAGGGACACCACAGUAUGUAGUGGAGCAACUGUGUCCAGCAGCUACAAUACAGGAGGCCCAGCAGUGGUUGCACAAGAAUAGAUUCUCGACAUAUGCGAGGUUAUUCUCAAAUUUCUCAGGUUCUGAUUUACUGAAGUUGACACGAGAUGAUCUUGUCCAGAUCUGUGGCUCAGCUGAUGGGAUUAGAUUGUUCAAUGCGCUCAAAGCAAGGUCUGUUAGACCAAGGUUAACCAUCUAUGUUUGCCAAGAAUCACAGCAUGGAAGAAGUAUUUCACAGCUGACUAGCUCACAAGAUAAUGAAAAUGGAGAGGGAGACAGUCGUGCAAUAUAUGUAUACCAUGCCAUCUAUCUGGAAGAACUAACAACAGCAGAACUUGCCAAAAAGAUUGCUGCUAUCUUUAGUAUAUCCCAAAAUCAAAUAAACCAGGUGUACAGACAGGGUCCUACAGGUAUUCAUGUUCUCGUCAGUGAUCAGAUGGUUCACAACCUCCAAGAUGAAAGUUGUUUUGUAAUCAGUACAAUAAAAGCUGAAAAUAGCGAAGGCUACCAUGUAAUUUUGAAGUAACCUGUCCCAUUUAGCAGUUAAGCUGGACUACGUUUUUGCAUAUAGAAGAUAUCUUUAUUAUGACAAAGGACAUUGAGCAAAUUCAUGUAAAUGUUAGAAUCUGACUUCACUGUACAAAAUGUUUCAUAUUGAAAACACAGCUUGACUGUUCAGUUACUUUACUGUGAGUUUGAAAUUUCUGGAAAUAUCACUGCCACCAAUCUGCACCCUCCUUGCAUGUGUAGGAUGCAGCAAGCUCGAGGGUAGACCUGAAAGUCCAGAAAUUAUGGUUCAAAGUGGUCUUCAUAAAUAUGACAAGAGGAGGAAAAUGGCCAGUAGAUCCAGAUUUGCACAAUAAUAGUCUCAUUUUGAAGCAGUUCUGCUUCACCUUAUCUGUCUAGUUUCUUGAUUAUUGGUUGAGAUUGUUGAGGUAUGCCAAGUUAUUUUUUAAAUGUUUGCCUUUUACUUUGUGCCGUAAUGCAUUUUACUGCCUUCACAAGAUACUAGUUUCAUUCUAUAGAACUGUAUCUGCAAGAUCAUAUAGUGCAGUUGCUAAUUUGCAUUCUAAAGAGGAAAAACUAUAUAAAAAUGUUGUGAUUUCAAUUCCUGUCUCAAAUCAGGACAUUUGUUUAAUUUAAAGUUGCAGCUUGCACAUUAAGUAUAUUUUUUCUGCUUCAAGGUCACAGGGCUUUUUAUAUAAUAAAAAAAGCUGAUCUUAUUUGUUUGGAACAUUUAGUGCUUUUUAUUGUUUGAGUUCAGUGUCAAACCUUUUUACCUGUAGCUAAACAGCAGUUGUGAAUAAAGCAAGGAGUUUCUCUGUUUUGUUUGUAAAUCAUAAUUGCUGUUAGAUCAGAGGAUAGGUAUGUUCUGCAUUAAAAAAUAAAUUUGUAAAUUCCAUUAAUCAAAUCCUACGCUUUCGAAAGCUGUAUUUAAAAAAAAAAGUUGUGUCCAAUAAUUCUCCAAGUCAUAAUUGUGCCUAUGUGACCAAAUCGCACUGCACUGAAAUGUUAAUAAAAUCAAGUUUGCUUACUUUUAAGAUGUUUUUAUGGGGUUAUAAUGAAUUAGUUGGCAAAUGAGAAUUUUCAGCUCAAUACCAUGUAUGCAAGUCAAGGAAGGGUCUGUUGUGACAUAGUGGUUAUAUUCCUACCUCUGGACCUCAAGGUCAGGGUUAAAGUCCCACCUGCCAUGAUGGUGUCACAAGAUUUCCAAAUGGUUUAAAAAUGAUUAAGUUACUAAAGGAAAAAAAAAACUUGUUAAUUUGGCUGUUCACUUGAACUUCUGAGUUGUCAAAAUUGUGUUUAAACAUACCAUCAACAGUAAAAGAUUUUAACAUUCAUUUAUGGUUCAAUUAGCUAGUGAAACAUAAGCAUCAGCAACUUAGUUUUGACUUGGAUCUUAAUUAUGGGAUAAAUUCACACUGUCUGUGUAAUAGUUUUUAAAAUCAUUUUGCAAGUGUCUUAAACCCUGUACAAUGUGACAAUUAAGUUACAUGGGUCAUUGCUAUCAAUUUUAUACAACAAUGUGGAAUGUUGGCAUUUAUCUGACAAUUCAUUUAAUUUACAAAGUGAUGACUAUCUGUAGCUUUGGACCAUACGGAGGAUAAAAGUGGAAAGUAUCCAUUGAUUUCCUUUUGAAAUCAUUGACUUUCCACUUUCAUCACCUUUAGUUGUUGUAUUUUUUUUUUAAAGAAAGGCUUCCCCCAUUUCUCUCAUCUUAAUCUUAGUCCUUUUUACUAUAGCCAGCAGGAACACUUUUGUCAAUCUUGUCUAAACUUUAGAAUUUCAAUUUAUGAAGUAAUUUAGUAUGAAAUAUUCCAAAUUUAGGUUCUGCCAUCUACAUUAAAUAGCACAGUACAGUCCUACAAUGAAGCACCACCUUGUUUCUAGAUGCUUGCUGAUGUGCAGUGCGUCACACUGUUUUAAAGUUUCCUGGAAUUUCAGUUUUCAAUGCUUGUAUUUCAUGUGGAACAGGAGUUUAAAACUACAUGGUAUUUUUGAAUCAGUCAAUGCCAAAAGAACACUGGAUGUUUUCUGAAGAUACACCCAUACAAUUAACACAGUAAAGACCACUUUCCUUUGGAUGUUUUUCCAUUUGGUAACAUUCAGGGAUUCUUAUCACCUUUCAGCCAAUAUUCUGGUCUCUAGAUCAGAGACUGGAAAAUGCACAUUAGGGUGUAGUGAUCUGUUAAGUUGCAUGAGAUUGCUCUGGAAAUGUUAACUUGAUUAUAUGAAUUGAGCUUCAUCACUGAUCACUAUGGUGUAUCCUGCCAAUGUGAAAACCCAUUUACUCCUAGCCUGAUGAUUAGUCAACAAAUCCUCUAUCCAUGCUAAUGUUACCUCCUGUGUUAAUGCUCUUAUUUGGUGUAGUAACCUUUGCAGCACCAUGUCGAAUGUCUACCAGUUACCCUCAAACGUGCUUGUGACUUUCUGAAAGAACAGCAAAGCAAACAUGAAUUCACAACCAUGAGGACUCGACAUGGAUGAAUUGUUCCAGUAGUGUCUAUAUAGAUUCUAGCAUUUUCCCCAUGGCAGAUAUUGGACUAAACAGCUAAUUUCUUGCUUUGUCUCCUUUCUUCCUUGAAUAGAGAAUCACGUUUGGACAAGGGGUUACCGGACUCAAAAUGCUGACUGUUUCUCUCUACAGAUACUGACAGAGUUUCUCUGACAAUUUUCUUUUUGUUUCAAUAUUUGAAGCAUUCACGAUUGUGUUACAUUUAAUAAUACAAUAAUCAAAGUAUGAUGCAAAAACAAGUAUUUUUAAAAUCAAACAUGAAUUGCAUCAAUUUACAGACUGAAUAAAAUUGACAGCUGUCAGUUAAGAUCUA